AGCGUUUCAGGACGACACGGUGAGAAAACUUUUUUCAGAUUCUUUCCGACUUCGUACGACCUCUGGAAAUCCUGGAAACUCCUUGAAUAACCUUGAAAACUGCAAUUUCAAAGUAAACCAUGAAAACCCCUGGAAAACUAAAUAGGAUUGAUUACAAAACGUCUUGCGCAUAGGAUAUCGAUAUUUUUCGAUAUUACUUGAUAGGGAUAUUUCUAGUGAAAAUUUGUAUUGCCUUAUUUUAAACAUUAUAGUAAUAAAUCUUUCCUUAUAGGAAAACGGGGCAAACUAAACUUUCAUUUUUUUAUAGAAAUAAAAUAUACGUUUCAAUUGGAUGCGGAAACAACUGCAAGAGGAUUUAAACGCGUGUUUCUUCCUGACGGUAGCAACAAAGUAUAUGAAACUACAGCUACGUUCAAUCUUACUAGCAAGAACGCAACCACGUGUGUGAAUUUCUCCCAGAUUCACGUAGAGGUAUGAGCGCAUGCGUGAUUUACAGGUGUUCUCUUAAUAUUUUCGUGCAGCACGGUCAACUACUAACAGUUAUCAAAAUGCUUUUCAUUAUACCCAAUAUUCUUGUAUUUGGCCGCCAAUUUUAAUCCAUAGAAUUGAGAGAUGUAGUUUAGUAUUAACUGCUCCGAUAUAAUUGUCAACAUUCCUGAAACAUGUGCUGCCCUCCAACACAGACUGAAAACCUCGUAUGGUUUUUAACAAAUACACACGUAAAAACGCACAAGUUUUAACAAAUCUGCAGCAGACUUGUAGCAAUGCUUGACAAGUUGUUAAAGACUUGUUGACAACUUGCUACAAGGUUGUUGAGCCCAACAUGCGACAUGUUACAAGUUGUUCCAACAACUUGUUCCAACAACUUGUUAUCGUCCUGCAAUUCAACAAUUUGUCAACAAGUUGUGAGUGACGAUCUUGUAGCAACUUGAUAAAAUAACAGCAUUGUUACAAAUUGUUGACAAGCUUGCUACAAGGCUGUUGCGAGCACAUCUUGUUGACAAGUUGUGAGAUUUUACGUUUGUAGAGGAAAGCGGUAUUUCAACAGGGACAGUAACUUUUGAAGAUGUUGUUUGCACCUGUCUUUGUUACGAUGUAUAACAUUAAAUCAUGAAUAUCUCUUCCGUUGCUGAAUGAAAUAGUUAAACAUACUGAUUCGUAAUUAUUUUCGUUUGAUUAAUAUUAGCUUAAGUCGAGGCCGUUUUCCAUGAAGGUGGCUUUGACUUUUCAGGCUGAGCGAAGCAGUUUGAGCAUGCGCUUUAGAUGUCAAGUGUGAGGGAUUUCAGUCCGCUCUGGUGCUUGUGGACACGCUAUGAAAGUUGAACUACAUUCAAGUUUCUUGGCGUAUUGCACGUCGAGUACACCUUUCCUGAAAGUAGUCAGCCUUGCCUAUAGAGCCUUGUUUUCAUGAUUUGAGUUACUGGGUUUAAAGUCCUGUAUCUUGUUACAGAUGGACACAUUUAUGAAAUCAAACAGUUAUAUUAAAUAAUAUAAAAGACCUUUAUAAAAUUUGGUAAUCAGUAACAAGAUAAAGGUCUCUAAAGCCGAUAUCUCAAUCCCAAAAACGAGGCUCUAUAGCCAAGGCGUGGUACUUUUCAGAAGGGUUUAUUGUUCAUGUGAUUCGAGUAGGUCGCUCGUUCCGCCAAUAUAAUGGCAGAUGGCCAUUGACAUGUUGUAUUCUUGUUCCAGGACAAGAACAGGUUGACGGACGCCCUAAGCCGGGGAACGACGGACAUCGUUUUUAAUUUGAAGUACGAACUGAUUUCGCCACCAGAAUGUGAGAAGACGGUUUUGUGUCCAGUGCUUGACCAAAGUAAAGACCUAUCGGUCAGUCAAAAGGUAUGCUAUGUCUGGAUGGCAGUUAUCGUCCGCAAACUUUUGCAUGCACUGAAACCACGCCUUACGUCUUUAAUAAUAGACUCACUUUUUUGUCCCCAAAACAAUACAUGUCCUUAUAAAGAUACCUCUAUCAAUAUUUUUAUCUACACAAGUUUCGUAAUUUGUAGCUUUUAAUAUUAAAGUAAACUUACAAUAAACGAACGUUUAGGAAUAAAUUUAAACUGGAUUAACUAAAAAUGUCAACAGCAAAUGUCCAACAGACAAUACAAUAUAAAGAUAUCUCCCUGUUCGUGCAGUGAGCCCGUAUUGACAACACAAUAUUACAUGUUUUUAUAAAUAUAUGAACAAGCUUUCGUUGGUAGGGAUGCGACUACCUGAAAAAUAUGAGGAGAAUUUCGACGUUUCGAGCGAAGGCCCUUCGUUUGGAGUUACUACCUUAUAAAUAUACCCUUUUACUCAUGCGGUCACCCCGAGACUGGAGAGGUUCGACUACCGCUUCUUUUAACUCGUGUUUUUGUGAUUAUUUCCAGGCUACGCUUGUUCUGAAUUGUUCUGACAACACGUGUGACUAUAAUCUGAGAGUGAAGAUAGCGUAA